GUGAGUGCGUCCUGCAGCAGCAGCAGCAGUAACGGCACCUGUCGUGUUCAGGACGGGCUGAUUCUGCCUCAGGAGUAGGACCAGGUAGAAACGCCGCCGGGGAUCUCGAAAUACCGAUGGCUUCAUGUGCAGAUAUUUGCGCCUCCGAAAAUUACGCAUCGAGCCCUUGAUGCUGAAGCGUGGUGCAUCAUCCCUGUGAACGCACGCAGAGACCGUGGAGCCUUCUGGAUACCAGCGCUUCACGGGCAACAAUGAGAGGCUGCCUGCUGACUGCAAUCUUCCUGCUGCCCUUGGUGGCUUCAGAGUCCGAGCACUGCAUCAUAAAGCGCGAACAUGAGAAAUGCAUGGAGAGGAUCGCGAUGCACGACCCAGAUGGCGACGAAUUCGGCUGCGAGUGGAUGUGGGACAACCUGACCUGCUGGCAGGCGGCCGGCGUCGGAGAGGUGGUGGUGGUCAACUGUCCGGAGCUGUUCCACGACUUCAUGGGCCCCGAGGACGAAAUGGGAAAGGUGAGUCGUAACUGCACCGAGGACGGCUGGUCCGAGCCCUUCCCUCACUACGUGGACGUCUGCUUCUUCUACGACAACACCACCAAACCCGACAUGUACUACGCCUCGGUCAAGGCCCUCUACACGGUGGGCUACAGCACGUCGCUGGUGUCUCUGACCACCGCCAUGGUCAUCCUCUGCAGGUUCAGGAAGCUCCACUGCACCAGGAACUUCAUCCACAUGAACCUGUUUGUGUCCUUCAUCCUGAGGGCCAUCUCGGUGUUCAUCAAGGACGGCGUGCUGUACGCUCAGGAGGACAGCGACCACUGCUUCGUGCACACGGUGGCGUGUAAAGCCGUGAUGGUCUUCUUCCACUACUGCGUCAUGUCCAACUACUUCUGGCUGUUCAUCGAAGGCCUGUACCUCUUCACCCUGCUGGUGGAGACCUUCUUCCCCGAGCGGCGCUACUUCUACUGGUACACCAUCGUAGGCUGGGGAACUCCCACCAUCUGUGUGACCGUCUGGGCGGUUCUGAGGCUCCACUUUCACGACACCGGGUGCUGGGAUACCAAUGAGAACACUGCCCUCUGGUGGGUGAUCAAAGGCCCGGUGGUGGCCUCCAUCAUGAUCAACUUCGUCCUCUUCAUCGGGAUCAUCAUCAUCCUGGUCCAGAAGCUGCAGUCGCCCGACAUCGGAGGGAACGAGUCGAGCAUCUAUCUGCGUCUGGCGCGCUCCACCCUCCUGCUCAUCCCCCUGUUUGGGAUUCACUACACUGUGUUCGCCUUCUCGCCCGAAGACGUCAGCAAGAGGGAGCGGCUGGUCUUUGAGCUGGGCCUGGGAUCCUUUCAGGGCUUCGUGGUCGCCGUCCUCUACUGUUUCCUCAACGGAGAGGUGCAGUCGGAGAUCAAGAGGAAAUGGCGCAGCUGGACGGUGAACCGGUACUUUGCUGUGGACCUGAAGCAGCAGAGGCACCCUUCGUUGGCCAGCAGCGGAGUGAACGGCGGGACUCAGCUGUCCAUCCUCAGCAAGAGCAGCUCCCAGAUCCGCAUGUCCAGCCCGCUGGCGGAGAGCGCCAACAUCAGCCUGCCGACCUGAGCGUCUGACGGGCCGCGGUCAGCUCCGAGGUGCCGUCCCCACGCCGUCAGACCAAAGUGGCCCCUCCUGCAUCCGGUAGUUUGGCCUUGAACAUUUCUGAGAGCGUCGGCUGGAGGCGCGCAGCUGGCUUUCCUAUUUUACCGUUUAAUUCGGGUGAUUAAAUUUGAGUAUUUUAGCGCCGCGGUCAGCAAACCAUUAACGACGCGCUUAAUGUUUUCAGACAACCUUAAAUUCAGCCCUUUUAUCGUUUUAUUUACGACAACAUUAAAGUGGAAUUAGUGCCAAAAGAAACACGAUUUAGUUGUAAAAUUUUUAAAAAAGCAUCAAAUGUCGGGGCCACAUUUGGCUGUAAAGUAAAUGUGCUUCAAAGUGCCACACAGGCUGGAUCUCACCAACCAAACGCCCGCCUUGCUUGUACAAAUGCUCAUCGUUUCAAUGUGCCAUCUUGAAUUUAAACAUUUUUCUACGAUCAGCCGUAAGUACAGAGUAUGUCAAAAUAUAUAUAUAUAGAUAUAUGAAUAUGGAACAAACUCAUGGAUCGUGUAAAUAGUGACUUUUGGUGUCUGGUUUCUUUUGUUAGCAUAACGCAGUAUUGUAAUGACCUUUUUCAAACAAAAGGAACUGGAGCCCAAAUCUGUAGACCUCAUCACAUCCCCGUAGGACCCAGAAGACCCCGCCCGCUCGGUUCUGGACUCGUUUGUAUAAGACUAAAACACUAAAUAUGAAAAUUGAAAAGCGCUAAACAGCAGCAGCCUGGGAGUCGAGAGAAGUUCUGCCUUUUUUUUUUUUUUUUGGAACAUAAACAACUCGAUAAAAUCAGCUCGACGAUCAGAAACAAAAAGGUCGGGAAGCAGCAGGAGAAGAGAACCCGAGCCUGGAGCUGCAUCCUCCGCCUGCCGGCUUGUUUUUGUUUUUUUAUUGUUGUUUGCAGAACAUCAGCAACACGUGUGCCAUCUAGUGGACGCUCUGGGCCAAAGCGCUCCGUAGUGACUCCAGCGUUCAGCAGGACUCCUCGUCUUGCUCCCAUCGUGCCACAACAAACUGCUCUUUUUCUUUUGAACCCAUCAUCUCCGACACUCAUGUUCCAAAGUGCCUAGUCAGUCACUACUAGUUCUCACGUUCCUCCGCGGUGCAGCUCAGGAGGCGUCCUGCAGCGAAUGUACAGACCAGUGUGUUCCUUUGUGUUACUGUGGCUGCCAAAGUGACGCUUUGUGUGAAAUUCUGCAAAUUGAACUGACUUGAAUCCUGGUUUGUUUCACUCUUUAGCUCCAACCGUCAUCCAUUCAAACACUGCUUCAAAAAAACAAAGAGAACAAACAGUAAAUGUCGUUCCAGUCGAACCCGAAACGCUUUAACGUGCCAGCUCCUGACAAUCGCAGCGUCAUGUUUUCUCUCUUUUCGUUGCUGCACAAACAAAGCUAACAAACACUAACCGGUCGGUGGGGAGGAAGUUAUCUAUGAAAUGUGAACUGAUGGUUACGGAGGAUUCAUCCACGGGCUUUACUUGAGAUGUUUAUUUUGUUUUUGUGCCGUCAUCUGCAUGGAUUAUAAGAAUGUCUUUAAAAGGAGGACGCUGUGGGACAGAUUUAUUUCCGAGGAUGUGGAGCGGUUAGAUGUACAGUUCAUUUUAUUUUGUGUGACGUACGACAGAAGUGAGAUUUCGGUUGGCUUGCUGGGUCACAGUGCCAUGUUUGUGGUGUCAUAAGGUGACGUGUGGCACAACUGUGACUCUAAAGAAAGACUCAAACUGAAGCUGCCGACGCAACCCCUGAAGUAAUCUGUCGUCGUGGCUGCUUUCGGUGGCCAUGUUUCUACGGAGGCCGAGAAGAUGAUUGUAUUUUAAACGGGAGGAUUUCACCAACGGAUAAAACACAAAGUGCGUACGAGGGCGUGAUGAGAACCGCUCUGCUGCUGCUUACGUGUUUCUAUCACCAGCCGUCACUCUGAGUCUGAACCAGCUCAGAUGGAAACGACCAUGUGUCAAAGCUGUUACUGUCUGUGGAAAAAAAAAAAAACAAGACGAGGAGAAACGUCCUCGCUCGUGUCUGUGCCGUGUGUUCGUCUCGUCUACCACAAGGUGGCAGCAAAGUCCGAUAGUUUGUGGAGAGGAGGGAUCUGUUGUGUCUGUUGAGCCUUUUGGAUCUGUACUGAACUAAAUGUGGGGCGGGGGAUGGAGGCCAUGUGAUUACUAUGUUUACAUCUGUUCCUGUGACUUUCUUUUACAUUCAUCAGCCUUGGGUUUGACAGCUAAGGCCUCCGUGGUUUUACUUUGAUUUCCAAACAAACUGUGAACUGCCUGAGUUUUCAAACACCUACUGUGAGACGGGAGGAGAUUUGGUUGCACUUUUUUAGCACCACAUAAACGCCAAGCUUCACGCCGGUCCUGACAAACAUCUCAGCAACACACCCGCCAUUGUUCAUGUCAGAAAAGCCCUCCGCGUGUUUUAUUAAAGCGUUUCAGGAGAGUUGUUCACUUUCUCGCUGAGCGUUAGAUGAGAAGAUUGAUGCUGUCUGACUACGGCCAGCUCAUGAACACAGGUAGAUGUCCAAAGGGAAAAACCCCUAAAGCCAUUUUAACUUUCAAUACAGAAAACAGAAAUAGUUUCAGGUUUUACAAUCAAAAAAACUAAAGGAAAAAAGCAAAUAUUGGGCUUUUUUUUGACAAUUCCCUUUUAGUUUAUAGGUUUGGAAACAACAAACAGAAGUCGUGUGGAUUGUUUUUGUAUUUAAAAUUCGAAUUUCAGGUCUCUAUCUAUCUAUCUA